CCGCUUGAGGUCACUCGGAAAACGGGUUUGGCGAGAGUGGGACCCCAGUGCGGAACCGACCAUCGUCGUCGUCGUCGUACUCCGCGGAUGUGUGGUGUGUGCCAGCUUCGAGUCGGCCCCCACCAGCGAGCUCGGAGCGCCUGACCGUCGGAUUUUGCGUGCGCGCACACGAAACGAAAGCCGCUGGAGGAGACCGCUGUGCUUACGCUCUUCGCCGCAGAGAGUCCGACACCUCUCGACGACAACGCCUGGUCGAACGCGUCUGACGAACGAAGCCUGCCGUGUCGGCGCCGACUGACGUCGCCCACCACCUCUAGUCCAUCGACAUGCAGCCAAGGCUACCUGUGAUAAUAUUAUUGGCGUUCCUGGGGACAUGUACCACUGCACAGGAAGAAACGGCCGUCUCGGCUAAAAUUGAUGGCGGUGAGGCGUCGGACGUGAACAUCGAAUGCAACAGCAACAACAUCCAGGUGACACUGGAGGCGACGCACGACUUCAAUGGCAUGAUCUACCCCAAGGGCCUGUCCAAGAACUCCACCUGCAUGGCAGAGUACAGCAACGUGCGCGACAAGAUCGUCUACACACUCCCCCUCCGCUCCUGCAACACCAUGAGCACCGAAGUGGACGAAGGAGUGGAGUACUUCAACACCGUAGUAGUGCAACCUCACCGAAAGCUGGUGACAAACCAAGGCCGUGGAUUCCACAUCCGAUGUCGGUACCAGACUAAAGAGAAGACCAUCACCAAUUUUUUCAACGUUAGCCCGUUCUUUGCCUACGGCAGCAUGCUGGGAACGACACCGCUGGUCGCCACGGCGCCCAUGCCCGGCUGCAGCAUGAAGAUCUUCGUCGGCGACUCCGAGGAAGAAGUGAUCGCGGAGAACGUCAAGAUCGGAGACCCACUCACUUUGGUCAUCAGCAUCGACUACCAAGAAACCUACGGCAUGCGUGUCACGAACUGCCUCGUGCGCGACGGUCUCAACUGGGGCGAGCAGCCACUGAUCAACAACGAAGGGUGUCCCGUGGACAACGAGAUCCUGGGCCCGUUCGAGUACACGAUGAACAAGACGCGCGCCUCGGUCACCUUCCAGGCGCACAAGUUCCCCUACACCUCGUCCGUCUACUACCAGUGCAACGUGCGACUGUGCCUCAAGUCUAGCGGCGGCUGCGACGACGUGCCCCCGGACUGCAGUGAUGUGCGCCACAGCGUUCGUCGCCGCCGUGACGUCGAGGCCAAGGGAGACCUGACCGCGCUGGAGAAGGCCGAGCAGGAUGUCCGCGACCUCAGCAUCGAGGUCUUCUCGGGACUGUACGUCAACGAAGUCACCGACUCCGAGGACCCGGAAGUGAGCUCCCGGCCGACGUCGUCCGCCAGCUCUUCGGACCACGACUUCUGCGUGUCCUCGCGCAAGUUCGCCAUCGGCAUCGCCAUCGCGGGCGUGCUGCUCAUGCUGGCGGUGAUGCUGCUGGUGGCCUGCAUCCUGCACCGCCGCCGCCGCAGGAAGGGCUCCAGCACCGCCGGCAGCUCCAUCUACUCCGGGCCCUACUCCAACCACGGAUACUCGAGGGAGUAGGCGCUCUCCGCGCGGCACCGCCGGGAGUCACUCGCCAGAAUACCGCGACCAGCUCGGAAGCGGACGCGCCUCCACCACGGGCGCUAGUCUUUCGUGAGCUGAUUGCCGUAUUGUAGGGACGUAUUCGGCAAAACAAAACAGCGGCGUGUCUUGCUGCUGAUUUCUAGAUUGGUGCGCAAGUCGCCGAGAAGUGUUGUUCGUCUGUCGACUGAAACGAACAGCGAAUACCAGCAACAAACAACGAAGCGCCCAGCCUGUAUAAGACGCUAUUCCUGAAUACAACAGACCGCUGAUUGCAUGACGCGGCCUGUCAGCUACUGCAGGCAGGCCGCAUGUUGUUCUCCUGUAACAUAGUGCCAACGCCGAAUCGGGACAAAUGUGUUAUACCAUUUCGGUUUCCGCCGACAGAUUGGAAUUUUUUUUUCGUUUUUUCGUUGUUACAGUCCAACAUUCCAGGCUUGUGUUACGGUGGGCGUCGCUUAAGUGGAACCCGUAGUGCCAGGUUCUUGCUGAAAAGAAAAGUUUCAGCCGUCACACGAAGUCGACCACACGUCCUGAUGAGUGACUCCCGGCUCAGAGCUGAAAGAACAAAGGUAACGGCUAUUGUGAGGGCGUGCAUUUGUUCUUUCCCUGCUCUAGCUACAACACUACAAAUCUGCGCCUGUUUAUGGUGUUGCUAUUCCUUUCUAAACAGUCGUUAAGGUGCCGAUAUUAAAAUCAAAAUUUCAGAACUACAAUCGACCGUAAAUGUUUUCUUCUUUUUUACUAUGCUUAAUUAGAAGUUGUUCGUCACAGGCCUUGCAAAACCGUCACUACACUGCAAUGGGCCAGAUAAUUUUUGGAUGUUAUCGGAUAAGGUCCCCGAUAUGACAGGUCAGAUUUUCACAUUAACAGAUAGACAAAGCUGUAGCGGUGCUUUUUUUUUCUUUUUGAAGGAUGGCAUUCCAAGAGCGAGCGAGGACUGCUGGUGAGCUGAACGAAGACUGUUGUUCAGCUGUUUGAGCUGGUGUAAUGUCGGCGGCAGCAUCUUUCAAAUACAAUAUCCAUCGGCUAACGUUUUACUCCUUUUAGGCUCUUUGAAAAGUUUAACAGCGAAAUCGACAGGCCCUUAUCUUGAACCGCUACUACCAUUUGCGACGGCAACUUUUUCUACCAAGCUAAAUCAGCAUUGGUGUUUUGUAGAAAUGGCAAAACAUAAAUGUCUCUUGCAAGAACAUGCAAUUGAGAUUCGAGUAUAUGACCUCUUUCUUUCUUUUUUUUGUUAAUAUUACUUGUAUAGAAAGAGUCAGCUUUUCCGAAACCGCACCAUAAGCAGUAAACUUGACUACACUGAAAAAAUGCAGCGACUUUUCUAAUUCAAUCAUACCUUCAGGCCGUGGUAGAGGAAAAGCGAAAUGAUUUUAUUUACAACGCUCGCAACAUGUUACCAGCUUACACGCAGUGCCAAGUGACAAAUAUAUGAAAAAAAAAGAAAACAAAGAAAACUGUCGGAGCUUUCAUGUGCUAGACAAAAGCAGGUACUGACCAGCAGAUGUGCAUGCCCUGCAUUGCAGAGCUUGGUACAUCGGCCGCGUAUAGAGAAAAGUUGUAAGGGCAAAAUCCUCGCGGGCACCUCUCUUCCUUUCCCUUAUUUAUACGCUACGUCACAAUGCCCGUUACUUAGCCUAGUUCACGUCAUCGCUGCCUCUUCAUAUCCUGCUCGAAGUACGUGCACUGGCAAGCAUGAGAGGCUGAAGGCGUGACCAAGUCAUGCGUUGCGUGCGACUGCCUUCUCUUUUGCUUGAACUGAGUGCAGAAUACUGACCGGGGAUGUCCAAAAACAAAAAGAAAAAUUUUCGCUGCGAUGCUUUCGCUGUGAUUUCGGGCGAAUAUGGCGUGGGAGCCGUUUCUUUCACCUUAGCCAGUUUUUCGGUUCAGCAGCUUUCCGUCCCUGUAGAUAUUUGAACCUUUCAAUAUCUUUUUCUUACUCAAGAACAGUGCGUAAGAAAUAGCUUUUAAGGCACCAGGAUGCGCUGAGAGUACAGCACGCUUAAUAUGUUCGGUUCCGUACACAGAAAUGACCGCUUUUAUGCCUGUUGGGUUAGGAUCGCAAAAGAUUGCGAAUAAGAAGCGGUGUAGGAACAGAGGUAGAAUGCGAUUUGCAGCCAAUAUUGGGAAGCUUGGGACUCAUUGCAACCAUAUAUGUUCGGUAUUGGAAAAGGCUUUCAGGACUACGCACGCCAUGUAAGAAUAGAGUAGAGACACUUAAGACUUAGGGGACGCUUGGUAAGUUUCAUUUACGAUGUUGUUUUUCUUUUCUUUUCCGUUUAUGCUGUCUUAAUUUAUUCCGAUGUAACUACUUC